AUGGUGAGAACAGUAAACCCGGUGGGGAUAUUAGUAAGCACAUUACUACUUGCAUCAAGCACGCUCGUAGAUGCACAAACGUAUGUGAAUGCAGUUGGCGAUAAUAUUACAUGCACUUGGACAAGUGAUGAGACGCUCACGUGUAAUGGUGUGGCGUUUAAGGGUGAGGAAUUGGAUCCGCCGGGAUCACCGGAGUUCUACCAACAUCUAGGAAUAUGCAUUUUCUGCGUCGUAUUCGCCG